CCGCGGCGCUCGCUCUCUGUCAGUCGCUGUCUCUCUUCCCGGUCGCCCGCCGUCCGCCUUCGUCUCGCACCUGAGCGCACGCACCUGCCCGGCCCGCGUCCUCUUCCUCCUCCCCUGUCCGCCCCCCUCCCGCCUUCCCCUCCUCGGGCCCGAAGGCUCUGCCGGGUCGCGGGCGCCUCCGCGGCUGCGUCACCGCCGCCCCCCAGACAAGAUGGACACCGCCGAGGAAGAUAUAUGUCGAGUGUGUCGGUCAGAAGGAACACCUGAGAAACCUCUUUAUCAUCCUUGUGUAUGUACUGGCAGUAUUAAAUUUAUUCAUCAAGAAUGCUUAGUUCAAUGGUUGAAACACAGUCGAAAAGAAUACUGUGAAUUAUGCAAGCACAGAUUUGCUUUCACACCAAUUUAUUCUCCAGAUAUGCCAUCACGGCUACCAAUCCAAGACAUAUUUGCUGGACUGGUUACAAGUAUUGGCACUGCAAUACGAUACUGGUUUCAUUAUACACUUGUGGCCUUUGCAUGGUUGGGAGUUGUUCCUCUUACAGCAUGCCGCAUCUACAAGUGCUUGUUUACUGGCUCCGUGAGCUCACUACUGACACUGCCGCUAGACAUGCUGUCAACGGAAAAUUUGUUGGCGGAUUGCUUGCAGGGCUGCUUUGUGGUGACAUGCACACUUUGUGCAUUCAUCAGCCUGGUGUGGUUACGAGAGCAGAUAGUCCAUGGGGGCGCACCAAUUUGGCUGGAGCAUGCUGCUCCACCCUUCAAUGCUGCUGGACACCACCAAAAUGAGGCUCCUGUAGGAGGAAAUGGUGCUGAAAACGCUGCUGCUGAUCAGCCAGCUAACCCAGCAGGAGAGAAUGCGGUGCUGGGUGAGAACCCUGAUGCCCAGGAUGGUCAAGCAGAAGAGGAAGAGGAGGACAAUGAGGAGGAAGAUGAUGCGGGUGUGGAAGAUGCUGCUGAUGCCAACAAUGGAGCCCAAGAUGACAUGAACUGGAAUGCUCUGGAGUGGGACCGGGCUGCAGAAGAGCUUACUUGGGAAAGAAUGCUUGGACUUGAUGGAUCACUAGUUUUUCUGGAGCACGUGUUCUGGGUGGUGUCUUUAAACACAUUGUUCAUUCUUGUCUUUGCAUUUUGUCCUUACCACAUCGGUCAUUUCUCCCUUGUUGGUUUGGGAUUUGAGGAACAUGUCCAAGCAUCUCAUUUUGAAGGUCUAAUCACGACGAUUGUUGGAUAUAUACUUUUAGCAAUAACACUGAUAAUUUGUCAUGCUUUGGCAACUCUUGUCAAAUUUCAUAGGUCUCGACGCUUGCUGGGAGUCUGCUAUAUUGUGGUUAAGGUUUCUUUGUUAGUUGUGGUAGAAAUUGGAGUCUUCCCUCUCAUUUGUGGCUGGUGGCUGGAUAUUUGUUCUCUGGAAAUGUUUGAUGCUACUCUGAAAGACAGAGAACUGAGCUUUCAGUCGGCUCCAGGAACUACGAUGUUUCUGCAUUGGCUGGUGGGAAUGGUGUAUGUGUUCUACUUUGCCUCCUUCAUCCUGUUAUUAAGAGAGGUACUUCGACCUGGUGUCUUAUGGUUUCUGAGAAAUUUGAAUGAUCCAGAUUUUAAUCCAGUACAGGAAAUGAUCCAUUUGCCCAUUUACAGGCAUCUCCGAAGAUUUAUCUUGUCAGUGAUUGUCUUUGGCUCCAUUGUGCUUCUGAUGCUCUGGCUUCCUAUACGUAUUAUUAAGAGUCUCUUGCCUAAUUUUCUUCCCUACAAUGUCAUGCUCUACAGUGAUGCUCCAGUGAGUGAGCUGUCCCUUGAGCUGCUCCUGCUGCAGGUCGUCUUGCCAGCAUUGCUGGAGCAGGGACACACGAGGCAGUGGCUGAAGGGGCUUGUGCGUGCAUGGACCGUUACUGCGGGAUACUUGCUGGACCUACAUUCCUACUUACUGGGAGACCAGGAAGAAAACGAGAACAGUGCAAAUCAGCAGGUCAACAAUAACCAGCCUGCUCGAAACAACAAUGCUAUUCCACCUGGGGAGGGUCUGCAUGCGGCCCACCAAGCCAUACUCCAGCAGGGAGGACCUGUUGGCUUUCAGCCUUACCGACGGCCUUUCAAUUUCCCACUCAGGAUAUUUCUUUUGAUUGUCUUCAUGUGCAUAACACUACUAAUUGCCAGCCUCAUUUGCCUUACUUUACCAGCCUUUCUAUUUUCAGUAUUUGCUGGUCGUUGGUUAAUGUCAUUUUGGACGGGGACUGCCAAAAUCCAUGAGCUGUACACGGCUGCUUGUGGUCUCUAUGUAUGCUGGCUGACCAUAAGGGCAGUGACGGUGCUGGUAGCCUGGAUGCCCCAGGGACGCAGAGUGAUUUUCCAGAAGGUUAAGGAGUGGUCCCUCAUGAUAAUGAAGACUCUGAUAGUUGCUGUGCUGCUGGCUGGGGUCGUCCCACUGCUCCUGGGGCUCCUGUUUGAGCUGGUUAUUGUUGCUCCUCUGAGGGUCCCUCUUGAUCAGACUCCCCUUUUCUACCCUUGGCAGGAUUGGGCACUGGGAGUGCUACAUGCCAAAAUUAUCGCAGCUAUAACUCUGAUGGGUCCUCAGUGGUGGCUGAAAACGGUCAUUGAACAGGUUUAUGCAAAUGGCAUUCGGAACAUCGACCUUCAUUAUAUCAUUCGUAAGCUGGCAGCUCCAGUGAUCUCUGUGCUCUUACUUUCCCUGUGUGUACCAUAUGUCAUAGCUUCUGGUGUGGUUCCUCUUCUAGGUGUUACUGCGGAAAUGCAGAACUUAGUCCACCGGCGGAUUUACCCGUUUUUACUGAUGGUCGUUGUUUUGAUGGGGAUCUUGUCCUUCCAGGUCCGCCAGUUUAAGCGCCUUUAUGAACACAUUAAAAAUGACAAGUACCUUGUAGGGCAGCGCCUGGUAAACUAUGAACGCAAAUCUGGCAAGCAAGGCCCAUCCACGCCACCUCCACAGUCAUCCCAGGAAUAAACUGCUUAUCUCAGCUCCUUGACCUUCUCCUUGCCUUCCCAUGUCCUUUUUUGUGGACUUCUCACUUUGGAGAUUCUCCCCAUGAUCUCUCAGCAUUGUUUUUAAGUUAAACGUACUUGACUUGUGUCCUCAGCAUUCAGAGAGCGGCGCAUCUGGCACUGCUGCUCCUCCCUGCAUCUCUGCGACAUCACUGCUGUCUGAGAUCUGUACAUGUGUAAAUAGGAGUUCCUCGAUGCCCUAAACCUUGGAUUAAACAGAAUGUGCAUUGUACAUCUUUAACAAAUGUAUAUUAAUUUAUUAAAUCUAGUUGUCACUUUA